GUUAAGCCUGGUGCGGGAACGCGCGCGGAUUUUCAACCAUCUCAGCGCUGCGCCUCGCGCUUCUCUCUCCAACUCCAUGGCGAUGAACAGAUUCUCCACUGGCACUGAAGCAUGGAACGGGACAGAGCGAAUGCGUGUUGCCACAGGAAUGAGUGAGUCGUCAUCCAUCCAGUCAGAAAAGCUGCUCUCACUCGCCCGCUCACUCUCAGAGUUGGGGGCGGACACAGCCAAUGGAAACCCGAAUGCCAACCCCAACUCUGAAGGAGAGCAGCUCCCUAUGGAGUCCAACAUAGAGCUUGGCCGUGGACUGUUCUUUUCCGAUGGACGCAGGAAGGUGGACUACGUUCUGGCCUAUCAUUACAAGAAGAGGCGGACUUCCCAACCACGCCUUUCCAUUGUGUCUAAUGGGAGUCUGCCAAUGCCAGCAGCCGUGAGAUCUGAUGCACAUGCCGAGCUGGGGGAGGGGCAAGGGGUGGGGCCGGAUGGAUCGGGGGAGGAGUCUAAAAUGAGUCAGGAAGAAAAGGCCCUCAUCAGGGAAGAGUUUGAAUAUGGACUGUUGGAGGCUGGACUACAGAUUGAACGAGAUAAAGAGACUAAGUCACAAGGAAUAGGUUUUAUUCGGCUGCACGUUCCCUGGCCUACACUCAGCCGAGAGGCGGAGCUUCAGAAGAUCAAAGUGUCGGUGAAGAAGAGUUAUGAGUUGCGGGAGCGAACGGGCAUUGCCGGGUCUCUGAUCUCCUUGUGGACCAUGCUGAACCAGCCAUUCCAACCCGACGUCCCUGACCCACAGAACAACACCAACACACUGACCAAGACACGCUCCAAGACGCUCACACACCCGUUCCUCCGAGAAAAACUACACCUGUUUGACAUUGAGUCGACAGAUACCCUAUUUGACAGUGCCACACGCUGCAGAAUAGUUGCUGAGAUAUUGUCACGUAUUACCUGCACACAAAAUUGCCAAACCACUGGCAUCACAGCAUUAUUGGCUAAUGGUGUCUACGAUUCUGCCUUCCCUCUACAUGAUGGAUCAUUCACGAGGAAAGGCGGGAAAGAUCAACGCAAUGAUCGACAGCUCCUCCAUGAGGAAUGGGCCAACUAUGGAGUCAUGCACAAGUACCAGCCUGUGGACUUGAUCCGGAAAUACUUUGGGGAGCAGAUAGGUUUGUAUUUCGCCUGGCUGGGAGUCUACACCCAGCUCCUCAUCCCCCCCUCUGUCCUGGGGGUCAUCGUCUUCCUCUAUGGCUGCUUCACGGUCGACACCAACGUGCCCAGUCAAGAGACAUGCGAUGACGGUCUGAACUUCACCAUGUGUCCCUUGUGUGACGGAGUGUGUGAUUACUGGCGUCUGAGCUCAGUGUGUUCCCUGGCCAGGGCUUCCUACCUGUUCGACAACGGCGCAACAGUCCUCUUUGCGAUUUUCAUGUCCCUCUGGGCUGCCCUGUUUCUUGAACACUGGAAGAGGCGGCAGAUGUGCUUGAAACACAGUUGGGACCUUACCAGCUUGGAGGAUGAGGAGGAGAGAGUGCAGGACGAGCCGAGGCCUGAGUAUGAAACCGUUCUACAGGAGAAGAAACAGAAGAUGAAAACAAACAAGAGGAAGAGCAAUCAGGAGGAAGUAGGAGGUGGCGGAGAGAGAGACAAAAUGCUGGCCUCACAGAGAGAGCCAGAGUCUCUGACUAUUGAGGAUCGUCUCCCUGGUUACCUUAUCAAUAUCUCCACUAUUUUGCUUAUGAUUGGAGUAACGUUCUCGGCAGUGUUUGGAGUGAUCAUGUAUCGUAUCUCCACGUUGGCUAGCUGGUCUAUGAACCCUGACCCUGAGGCCAAGGCUAGCGUGAGGAUGACCGUCACCACCACAGCCAUCAUUAUCAACUUGCUGGUGGUGUUGGUGCUGGAUGAGAUCUAUGGAGCCAUUGCUGUCUGGCUAACUGAACUGGAAAUCCCUAAAACGGAGGCCGAGUUCGAGGAGCGCUUGAUCCUGAAGGCUUUUUUCCUCAAGUCCAUGAACGCCUUUGCACCUAUCUUCUAUGUGGCCUUCUUCAAGGGCAGGUUUUCCGGGCGACCAGGGGACUAUGUUUAUAUCUUCGGAGACUUCCGUAUGGAGGAAUGUGCCCCUCCAGGCUGUCUCAUUGAGCUGUGUAUCCAGCUCAGUAUGAUCAUGCUGGGGAAACAGCUCAUCCAAAACAAUGUCUUUGAAAUUGUUAUACCAAAGCUGAAAAAGAUGUACAGAACCAUGAAAGAGAAGGAUAAAGCCAAAGGAGAGGAGGAAGAGGAGGAGGAGAAGAGACCCAAGCAGCAGUGGGACAAAGAUCACGCCCUGGAGCCCUUUGAAGGCCUGAGCCCUGAGUACAUGGAGAUGAUAAUCCAGUACGGAUUUGUUUCUCUAUUUGUCGCGUCCUUCCCUCUGGCUCCUGUAUUUGCUCUGCUCAACAAUGUCAUUGAGAUUCGCCUCGACGCUGCCAAGUUUGUCACCGAGAUCCGAAGACCGGAUGCUGUGCGCUGCAAAGACAUAGGCGUUUGUCAUCUCCUUCACGUCUGAGUUCAUCCCCAGGAUGGUCUACCAGUUUAUGUACAGCCAGAACGGCAACAUGAACGGUUACACGGAGCACUCUCUUGCCUACUUCAAC